UUAUUACCCCAACCGAAACGCAGUUCUCAAAGAUCCAAUAGCAACCAACACACACUCACUGCUCAAAUACCUGUGAAUGAUUCGAUUAUUAAUGGAUAAAGUAACACUCGAAACUGACAAACAUAACCGAUAAACCAAGUGGCAGCGCCACUUACACAAUUCCUUUCACCGAACUCACUCUUUUGAUUUUGAUACCCCUUAUUAUUAUUUAUUUCCAUACCCUCUCUUCACUUCUUCCUCACCAAUUUUCUGAACACUGACACUCUUCUCUCCUUAAAGCCACCACAUUCUGAUACCCUUUUGAUCAAUCAAAGUGAAGAUCAGCAUAGAAUGCUUGUUUGAUUCUAUUUCAUUGCUAUGGAUAAGUACGAGGCUGUUAAGGAUUUGGGAGCUGGCAAUUUUGGGGUGGCUAGGCUCAUGAGGAACAAGGUCACCAAGGAGCUUGUAGCCAUGAAAUACAUCGAGCGUGGCCCCAAGAUUGAUGAGAACGUGGCAAGGGAGAUUAUGAACCACAGGUCCCUUCGGCAUCCCAAUAUAAUUCGUUACAAGGAGGUGGUUUUGACUCCCACACAUUUAGCAAUAGUGAUGGAGUAUGCAGCAGGAGGAGAGCUCUUUGAGAGGAUAUGCAGUGCUGGCAGGUUCAGUGAAGAUGAGGCUAGAUAUUUCUUUCAGCAGCUGAUUUCCGGUGUUCAUUUCUGUCAUACCAUGCAAAUAUGCCACAGAGAUUUGAAGCUAGAAAAUACCCUUCUAGAUGGAAGUCCUGCACCUCGGUUGAAAAUUUGUGACUUCGGUUAUUCCAAGUCAUCUUUGCUGCACUCACGACCCAAAUCAACAGUUGGAACACCAGCUUACAUAGCACCGGAAGUUCUUUCUAGGCGAGAGUAUGAUGGAAAGUUGGCUGAUGUAUGGUCAUGUGCGGUGACUCUUUAUGUCAUGCUGGUUGGAGCAUAUCCCUUUGAGGACCAGGAUGACCCUAGGAAUUUUAGGAAAACAAUUCAGCGUAUAAUGGCUGUUCAAUACAAAAUCCCUGAUUAUGUUCACAUAUCUCAAGAUUGUAGGCACCUCCUCUCUCGUAUAUUUGUUGCAAAUCCAUUGAGGAGAAUUACUAUUAAGGAAAUUAAGAAUCACCCAUGGUUUUUGAGGAAUCUUCCAAGGGAGCUAACUGAAUCUGCUCAAGCUAUCUAUUACCAGAGAGACAGCCCAAACUUUCACCUUCAAAGUGUGGAUGAGAUAAUGAAAAUUGUAGGAGAGGCAAGAAAUCCACCUCCAGUAUCUAGGCCUGUCAAAGGUUUUGGCUGGGAAGGUGAAGAAGAUUUGGAUGAAGAAGUGGAGGAAGAAGAGGAUGAAGAUGAGUAUGAUAAGAGGGUCAAAGAGGUUCAUGCAAGUGGCGAAUUUCAAAUUAGUUAAAGCCCUCAAAUUCUUGUGUACUUUGUUGAAAUAUUGUACUUUUUAGAAGUCACCCUUUUUUGUGUACACGAAGUCACCUAUUUAUGUGCAUUAUAAUUAUGGCUCUGUUGUUGUAAUAUAGUACCGGGUAUCAUCAAAAUGGUUGCUAUGUAUGAGAAUAGUAGUUGUCUAAUUACGUUCUAAAUCGACAUGAGAACCAUAGUUGUCUGAUUACAUGCUAAAAUCUAAAUUACCUUUUCCUGUUUUA